UUUGCCGUCUCUACCCGUCAGAAAGGAAAAUACCAUACAUUACAUUGGUCAGAGAUGUCGAAUAUCAAAACCACAGAAAGAAAAGAGAAUGACGAGAAAGACUCGAAAAUUCCAUGCGAAGUAUGUGGCGUCCUUUUUAAGAAAUGUUCAUAUUUGAAGAUCCACAUGAAGAAAUAUCAUGCUAAAUCUAUAGAUAUUCCUGAGACUUCCGAGAUCAAGACAAAUAGAAGGUGUAGUAAUAGUGAUAGUGACAGUGAUUGGGAUGAAGACCCCAAAAUAAGCAUUGAUGAAGAGUAUAUUCAUGUUGAGGAGAGAAAUGAAAAGCCUAAAAAAUGAAGACAACAGAAAAGAUGAUGAUUCCGAUGAUAAGGAUGCAUUUCUUAAACCAGAGAAGUCAGCUGAUCGAGGUAAAGGGCCUUUUAUAAGGAAGGAUACAAAACCAAAAUUGUUUAUUCCUAAGAGAAAGUUUCCAAUGAUGGAAAAAACGAAAGAGUUGUAUAAGAAGCUGAAGAUGGACGACAGGUCUUGCAGUGAUAAAGAGGAUAGUAACAUGAAGGUUACUAAGAACGUUAACAUUGAUUGUCAGAUGAGUAUGGAGGAUGAUAACAGUGCGACGAAUGAAAUAUGCAUUAAAGUUGGGAAUAAGAAGGUAUUCCAGAGUUUUGAGACUAUUACUUGUAGAAAACAAGAACGACAGCAGUCUGUAAAUUUGGGAGACUAUAUCCAAGGAGAUAUUUUGAUAAGACCAGAUGACAUUACAGUGACAAAGAAGACAUCCGGUGGAAAAUGCUUGCUAGGAAUUGAAAUUCAGGCAGGACGAGAGUAAUGCUUCUGCAAGCAUUAUGAAACUAUAGUUUAUUUAUGAACUGUUUAAAAACACACGAUACUUUAACAGUUUACAAUGUUUUCAGCUGUGUUUUAUUUUAUUAUUCAUGCAUAUAGAUAUAUGUGAAUACAUCAGAGAAAGUGCAUAAGUUUUGUUUAUAUAUUUCAGUAAUUAAUCAAAGUGUUUUAAAACAUGCGGGACGCAUGUAGACGGAGGCGUGGGUAAUGUGACGGAUACUCACCUAAUGCUUUUAAAUAGGAGUCGUAAC